AUGGAUUCAACAAGUGUUUCUUUCAAAGAGUCUGAGUUCGUGAAAUAUUCCGUCUCCAGCAGUGAAGAAUCCAUAAGGGAUGCUAGGGUUUCCUUUGUUCGCUUUAUGGUUAACUGGGCUACCAAUUUUCAGGGCAAUGCCGUCCAAAGUUUCGAACUUUGUCUCUCCAAACCCUUUGAAUUUGAAACAGAGAUCAAGCACCUGGUCGAAUUUGCAGUCUCGAAACAAGUCAAGAAUCUAGUUCUUGAUUUCUCUGACCUUUCUUGCACUGCAAGUAACGAAGCAAGACCAGCAGUUGUGUUCCAGUUGCCGGAAUGCGUUGAGAGUCUAGCAACGAUUGAGUCAUUGAAGCUGUUCGCUUGCGGUUUUGAUCCGUCAAGGUUUGCGAAGCCAUCUUCAUUCAAAAGCCUCUCUUUUGGUUAUAUCCAACUCGGGAAUACCAUCAUGACUGUGCUAUCAAAGUCACCUCUUCUCGAGUGUCUAAUCAUUCGAAACUGCUGGAACGUUGGCCUCGAAUCAAUAACCGAAGAUAACAGCCUGUUAAGGGAACUGAGUAUCGAGAAUUGCGAUUUUGCCACUAGCUACACUCUCCUCGACUUGCCUAACAUUGAGAUCUUCAAGUACUGCGGAUCCUUUCAUUACUUUCAGUUCUUGAGAGUGAACAGGAGAAUGGAAGAAGCAUACUUGGAUUACGGCACGGAAACAGACGGCGACGAGAAUGGGACACCUCUCUGUGAUCUCCUUUACGAUCUUUUAUCAGCCAAGAAAUUAACGGUAUGUCCUUUUCUCAUCAAAGCUAUUAAAGACAGUGACGAUCCAGUUAAGUUGAAAGCACCGAUGGAGACAAGGCAUCUGGUGAUCAAGACCAGUCUCGUACCCGAUGAGUUCGUUGGGAUUAGGCUCAUGCUCAAUAGCUCUCCUGAAUUGGAGACUCUCACUUUCCAAAUGGUUCCUCCUCUUGUGCCUGCUGCGCCAAGGACCAAUCUUGGAUUCAAUCCAAAGUCGUAUUGGGCGUAUCCAAUCAAUCAUAAGUGUCUGAAGAAGACGCUAAAGGUUGUUGAGGUGAGGAAUUUCAGUGGAGGCGGGUACGAGUUGGUUAUGGUGAGGUUUUUGAUGAGGUCGGGUCGUGUACUGGAGAGGGUCGACCUUUAUUCGCCGGUGGGAGCCUCGGUCAGUGAAAAGAGUUCGGCACAUGCUAGAAUGAAUACACUUGCGGAAGAGCGUGUGGCAUCGGAACGUUUAUGUAUUCGCCUACACGACGGUUGA